CCUUCCUGGGACUUGCGGGGAAGGAGCGGCGGCCGGAUCCCGGGACUUGGGGAUUUUCCGGAGCCGGGCUCCGGGUUUCCUUCCUCGGCUCCCCGGCGGCUUCCCGCCUCUUCCACUUCAUUUCUCGGCGACCGGCGGGAGGCCAGCCCCGCUCCGAAACUUAACGAACAAAGAAAGAAAGAGCCGGGACCGGUUUCCCUGCUCUCUUUCUCAAGAGGAAGAAUCGCCACCCAACUCCGGGGCAACGGAAUUCCGCUCGUCCCCCUCCCCGCCCUCGCCCUAUCCAGCGCCCGCCACCUCGGGGCCGGAGUGCCGGUUCCUGGUCCAAGCGCCAGGCCGAACUCCCACCUGGAAACGCCAGCUGGGGCAGCCCGCCCGCCCUUCGACCCCUCGCUGCCCUCCUCCGGCCCUGGCACUCGGGCUCCUCCCCGCCGGAGGGACCACCGGCCGGUGGAUGCUCCUGGGGGCAUUCGGCCGGCCGUCGAAGAGGAAGCUGAGGCUGGAUUCCGGGGAGGAGCGGUAGAGUCGGAGUGCCCGUGCGCAGCGGAGAUGCCACCUUCCCCAAAGCCAUGGACAACGUGACCGUACGACAAGGGGAGAGUGCCACCCUCAGGUGCACUGUGGACAACCGGGUGACACGGGUGGCCUGGCUGAACCGCAGCACCAUUCUAUACGCCGGGAAUGACAAGUGGUGCCUGGAUCCACGGGUGGUCCUGCUGACCAACACUCAAACCCAAUACAGCAUUGAGAUCCAGAACGUGGAUGUCUACGAUGAGGGUCCAUACACCUGCUCUGUGCAGACAGACAACCACCCAAAAACAUCGCGUGUCCACCUCAUUGUGCAAGUACCUCCGAAAAUUAUAGAGAUCUCUUCAGAUGUUUCCAUCAACGAAGGCAGCAAUAUCAGCCUCACCUGCAUAGCUACAGGAAGACCUGAGCCUGCAGUAACCUGGCGACACAUCUCACCCAAAGCUGUUGGCUUCGUCAGUGAAGAUGAGUACUUGGAGAUCAUGGGCAUUACUCGAGAGCAGGCUGGAGACUAUGAAUGCAGCGCCUCAAAUGAUGUGGCAGCUCCUGUGGUCCGGAGAGUAAAGGUCACCGUGAACUAUCCACCAUUCAUUUCUGACGCUAAGGGCACGGGAGUUCCCGUGGGACAGAAAGGAACAUUACAGUGUGGAGCCUCUGCAGUUCCUGCCGCUCAGUUCCAGUGGUUCAAGGAUGACAAAAAGCUGGUUGAAGAUCAAAAGGGGAUGAAAGUUGAAAACAGACCCUUCUUUUCUACCCUCACCUUCUUCAACGUCUCUGAACACGACUAUGGGAACUACACCUGCGUAGCCUCCAACAAGCUUGGCCACACCAAUGCCAGCAUCAUGCUGUUCGAAAUAAAUGAGCCUACAAGCUCAACUUUGUUCCAAGAAGAGAAAACUACAGCAAUGACACCUUGGAAAGGCCCAGGCGCAGUCAGCGAAGUAAACAACGGGACGUCGAGGAGAGCGGGCUGCAUCUGGCUGCUACCCCUACUGGUCCUGCAGCUGCUGCUCAAGUUUUGAUGCGGUGCCUCCUCUCCGCGGGAUCAGUCUCCGCCUCCACAGCAACCAACACGGCAACGACAAAAAAAAGCAGAAAAUUCCAACAGGAAAUUCUAAGCAAUGAAAGAGAAGACCUAGCCUAGCACACCUAAAAUUCCAGGAAAUAGAAAAAAAAUGAAAGGAAUUUGGCAAAGGGGGGAAGAAAAAUGGAAAUUGCUCUACACUGUCUUGGUACAACUGAGUCUCUUCCCUUUUUUUUGUUUUUUUUUUUUGUUCCCCAAGACGGACCAGCACAACAGUUGGGGCCACCCACCGCACUGCGUUGUGCCGCCUUGUUUUGUCGCGGACAGGCAGGUGGGGGGCCCGGCCGAUGCCCCUUCUGCUCCAUCACUCCUGGCGGAUGCAUUCCAAGGCCUCCAUCCCAACUCUACCUGUCGAUCUAGAUGCGCAGACCUGGAAAUGCCCUGCCCCCCACCAAACUGGACACCCUCUUCACAGACUGGGCUGCCAUUUUGUGUGAUUUAAAAAAUAAAAAAAAGGAAAAACAAAAACCACCACAAAAAAUGACAGUACAAAAGCCACCACAAACCCAACAGAAAAAUCUAUUGUUCAGCAUUCUUCAUUUUACUACAUGGACAUUAUGGAUAAUAAGGGAUUCUGAUUCAUUAUUAAUUUUAUUAAUUAUAUUUUCUGAUAUGAGUCUAGAACUGUUAGCUCAAAAACAAAAGGAGAUGAAGGAAAAUUAUGUGUAGUAAGUGUUAAAAAUGAAUAGUGUUCUUCUCGACUAGUUUACACAAAGGUGGAGCCUAACACCAGGAGCCAGUGAAGAUUCUACAGGUCCACCAAACACUGAUUUAACCAACAUCUCUACCAGCGCUAGAAAUUCCUCAUCCUUUCUCCAGCGCUUAACGCAGGUGAUACUAUGCUACCCACAUACUGUUUAGAAACGAAGAAGGUGAUCUUCACUGUAAUGUUGAAUUCAUCGGUUAUGCUUCUUUUUACGAUUAUAUAUAUAUAUACAGUUUAUAUAUACAUAUAUACAUAUAUUAUUUUUUGUUAGAAUUCUACCAUUUUAUUUCUCCACAGGGUCCUAUCUCAGACAUUACUGCAUGCUGUAUAUGGAGUUAGCUGUGUUUUGGUCUUCUAAGAGAUGAUAGAGUUUACUGGUAAUUUGUGUACUCAGCUCCUGCCUUCUUAUUUUCUUGGGUUAUUUACAUGUCAGAGACAUUUAUAAAAAGCAGAAAAAAAACCCCACAGGUGCGGCAUCUCUUUCAGGCGUGGAUUUGUGAGGUCAGAGCUUCCACAGCUGGCAGUCUUUCCUCAAUACCACAAUGGAUAUUAACAAGCAACCAGUAACAGAACGGUCAAAAAACAGGAACCACAUGCUCUGAUCUCGCAUGGGAUUCUGGGAGGCCAGUGUGGCCACUGAAGAAGUCUUUCACUUAAUUUCCACUCCCAUCCCCUGCCCCACAUUUCCUUUUUUGAGGAUGCAAUGGAAGAUGGUGGAUUUUAGGUCCACUUUUGGUCUGGGAACUUGGGAAACAGAGAGGCUUCUGAAAGGGUCCCAUCUGGGAUGAGGGGACAGGGGUGGGGCCUGGGCAAGGGGGUGGGGGAUGUCUCUGACUCUACAUUAAAAAGUGUUCCAUGUCCCUCUU